AUGCGCACCCUUCUGCUGUCGCCAUUGCUCUUCUUUGUCGGAGAAGUAGCUGCAGCUUGCUCUAGUAACAAUUGCUUGCGAGCCGUCAGGAAAGAACCGACGAAAGAUCGCAAUGGCACCGCAGACUGCCUCUCAUACUUCCAAGCCACUGUGACCCCGGCAACGAGGGCUGAUGGAGAGAAACCACAGCACAAUCUACAGCACAACGACCGUGACUCGAAGCAACGCGACCUCGAACCGGACCACUGCCACGAUCGAACCCUUCCGCCGCUGGGCAGCUCGACACGAGGUCGUCGACCUCCUCUAUGGCACAUUUCCUCUGGAAGGUCGCCAGGCGACAGCGACCGCGACAUCGCUUCCCAGCUAUGCCUCGCCUUGCUCUUCGGCGGCGGCGUACUCGUCGGCAUGCUCGUGCAUGAGCAUACCGCAUGUUACAAUCACGGCCUCGACGCCGCGGACGACGCACAUCGUGACGACGACUGCGUUUCCUUUCGGGAAUAG